CCACCACACCACCAGUGUCAACGUGCUUCCUUUCCCCAAUUUCCGCCUCAGCAGUAACCUUCCGAGAUCCUCCGUUCUGCCGUCGCGUCGCCAGCUCUUUUGCGCUGCCGAUUCGUCGCGAGGCAGCACAAUGAGCGCUCGGCGUGCUCUUUCUCGCUCGCUCGACCAGGUGGCCGGGCGUCUCUCUCCCGCCAUCCGCGCCACCACGGCGCCACCAUGGCCACUACCGCGUUCACCUGCGUUGCCACAUUCGCUUCCACGGGCACCAUCAACCUCGCAGCUGCAGUCCUCUCGCUCGCUCUUCAGUCCCGCACACGCUCAUGCCGGCAUUCCCAAGGGUUUCACCAAUGCUGCUCGCGACGCUGCCACGUGGCAAGCGCCCGGGGGUUUGGCGGCUGGCAUCAGGCAGCAUGCUGAAGCGCUCGCCCUCUCGUGGCGGGCACGUGUGGGGUCGGGCCCCAGGCUGCCUUGGGGACCCCUUCUGCCACGUGGCAGCGGCUCGUUGGCUGCUCCUGCCUUGUGGAAGGGGCUUUCUCUUGGCGUGAGCUGCGCAGCAGCGGCCUCUGCUGCCCUGCUGCCCUCCACGGCCGCCACGUGCGAUGAUGCACCGUUCACGCCACCCUCUCCUAGCGGCAGCGACGACGACGUGGGCUCUCUCCCCGACCUGCUGCGUGCGCUCAUCGCCCUCGUGUGGCCGCUGCUCGUGCUGCUCGCAUCCUUCUUUGCCCUCAAGGACGACCCGAUGGUGUCUGCUGCCAACCUCGCUGUGCUCUGCUGGGGCCUCAGGCCCGAUGAGGAGAGCCUUCAGAUUUGGCUGGAGCAGAAGCGGAGCGAGGAGCUGAAGGACAAGAAUGGGCUAGACUGGGCCAAGUCUCAGGUGAUGGGAGCUGUGGUGAAGGUCGAAUAUACCGACUACUGGUUCUUCUCCCUCGCUAAAGUGUCAUCCCUGACAAGCAGCUACACUGUAGUCGGCAUCCUCAAUAACUGGUUCACUGUUGCCACCACCAAGCAGUCCCUGCAGUUUCCAGGUCUCAGAGACCGAGACUCUGAAUACUGAUCCAAAGCUCGCGUGUUUAUGGAGAACCCAAGUUACCAGCUUUGAUGGUUCUACCUCAGCACUACUUAAGUGGUGGUGACACAGUUCAGAGCGUCCGAUUACAAAAUGCUAUCAUAUAAUUUUAUAGUCGACUGUGGACGUGUCGAUGUAGUAUAAUGGUCAGUAUCUCCGCCUG